UUCUUUGUAUAUAAUGCUGCAUUCUGCUAGAAUCAGGUCUCUUGUAGUUGUCCAUUUUUGGGCACCAUGGGCUCCUCAGUGCAUUCAGAUGAAUGAUGUCAUGGCUGAAUUAGCUAAGGAACACUCACAAGUUACAUUUGUGAAGCUGGAAGCUGAAGCUGUACCUGAAGUAUCUGAAAAAUAUGAAAUUAGUUCUGUUCCAACAUUCUUGUUUUUUAAGAAUUCUCAGAAAAUUGACAGAUUAGAUGGCGCCCAUGCCCCAGAGUUGACCAAAAAAGUCCAGCGCCAUGCAUCUAGCAGUACUAUUUCAGCUGGUGCUAAUGAUAAUGCAAAGGAGGACCUGAAUGUGCGUCUAAAGAAACUGAUAAAUGCUGCACCAUGCAUGUUGUUUAUGAAAGGAUCUCCCCAAGAGCCUCAUUGUGGUUUCAGCAGACAAAUGGUGGAGAUUCUUAACAAACAUAACAUUCUGUUUAGCAGUUUUGAUAUUUUUUCUGAUGAAGAAGUACGUCAAGGACUGAAAACCUAUUCUAAUUGGCCUACUUAUCCACAAUUAUAUGUAGCUGGAGAGCUUAUAGGUGGACUGGAUAUAGUUAAGGAACUGGAGUCUUCUGGAGAACUGGACACAAUUUGUCCCAAGACACAGAAAUUGGAAGACAGACUUAAGAUUCUGACAAACAAAGCUUCUGUGAUGCUGUUUAUGAAAGGAAACAAGCAGAUGGCAAAAUGUGGAUUCAGCAAGCAAAUUAUAGAAAUCCUAAACAGCACUGGUGUUGAUUAUGAGACAUUUGACAUAUUAGAGGAUGAAGAGGUGCGGCAAGGAUUAAAAACGUAUUCAAACUGGCCAACUUACCCUCAGUUGUAUGUUAAAGGUGAACUUGUUGGAGGGUUGGAUAUUGUCAAGGAAUUAAAGGAAAAUGGAGAAUUGUUACCUAUUCUGAAGGGAGAAAACUAAUGCAAAUAGCCUCAAAUGCUAGUGACGGGAACUGAAAUACUUAAAGAAAUAAUUCAUUUAUUGAUUACAUUGGAACAAUCAGCCUUGGAUUAAUGGAGUGGAAGUAAUUAAAAGCUUCUAACUUGCUCUGUAUACUUCAUAAAGUCAUGUUAGAUCUAUAUGUUAAAGUAAUUUUUCACCAAAAAUACAAUACUGCAUCAACAUCUUCAAUUAAAAUGGAAUGUUAAACAUUUUGUUUUCAUUGAACUCUUUGUAAAUAUAUAUUCCUUUUACAGAGAUGCCUACCUGACAUAUUUUAGUCCUUUACAGUAAUUAGUUUGUGGGCAUAUAACAUUCACUAGAAUGUACUCUGAGACAGGCAGUGUAUCUAUUUUCAUGCAUCUAAUUACUUUUUUAAAUGUCUAGUGAGCAAGAAAAAACUACUGAAACUUUUAUCCAGAGUACUACUAUUAAGACGUUAUUAAUGAGCUUCAACCAAUGUUCACUCUAGUCUUUUCCAUCCAUGUGCAGAAUAAACAUUUAUGUGCACCAAGGCAUAUGCCAGUGUGCAUCCCCAGUAGAAAUAAAAAAAAAAAAACUAGCUGUGGAUGCUUUGCUAAUCAGCUAGGUGGCAUUUUUCUCUCGAGCGGCCACACAAGCAGACACCUUACAGGGAACACUGGCUUCAACUGUACAUUUAUCUCCAUCAUCUAAGGAAUUCUAAUAAUUGUUUGCUAACCUCAGGUGUUUUUCAGCCUGUUUAAUCUUGGUUUUGUUUUGUUUGGUGGUGUGUUGUGUUGGUGUUUUUUUGCUGCUUUAAACAUUUAAAUUAUGAUGGAGAUUUAAGCCACUAAAGUUGAUGUUAAGGCAAUUCUGGUGUACCCUCACUGUUGCUGCUGUUAGAAAUAAAAUAGCUAUUUCCUUCCUA